AUGACCUCUAUUAAAGUAGUCUGCCGUAUUCGCCCUCCUAAUGCGCUUGAGCUGCAAAAUGAUCAGCACACUGUACUGACAUGCAAGGACGAAUGUUCUGUACAGUUGCAGAACGAUGAUUUCUGUGGAAGCUUUUCGUUUGACCGUGUCUUCGACACGGACAGCACACAAGAGGCCAUAUUUGCCUACUCUAUUCAGUCAAUCGUAGACGACCUGUUUCUCGGCUAUAACGGAACCAUCCUAGCCUAUGGGCAGACGGGCUCGGGAAAAACAUACACCAUGAUGGGAAACCCUGCAGACGCGAAAGAGAGGGGAGUGACUCCUCGUAUUGUUGAACGGAUUUUCGCUGCCAUACAGGAGUCUCCGUCGUCCAUCGAGUACACCGUCAAGGUGUCGUUCCUGGACAUUUAUAUGGAGCGGGUGCGAGAUCUCCUAGAACCUGAGCAUGACAAUCUUUCAGUGCAUGAAGAUCCUCUUCGAGGAGUGUAUGUGAAAAAUCUGCGCACAUUCUACGUUACUAGUGCUGAAGAGGUCCUUGACACGUUAGAAGAAGGCAAUCACGCUCGUGCCGUAGCGGCUACAAACAUGAAUGCUCAAAGUUCACGGUCACAUGCCAUUUUUAUUAUCGAAAUCGGACAAACAAAUGUGGAGACAGGUGAAAUGCGACACAGUCGUCUGCUACUUGUUGAUCUUGCUGGAUCGGAGAGUGUUGGCAAGACGGGUGCUGUGGGACAAACACUUGAAGAAGCUAAAAAGAUUAAUCGUUCUCUGUCCACUCUCGGAAUGGUUAUUCACGCACUUUCAGAGGGCAAAUCGCACGUCCCAUAUCGCGACUCCAAACUUACUCGCAUACUAAAAGAGUCUAUGGGUGGAAACUCGCGCACGACCCUCGUAAUCAACUGCUCUCCCAGCAGUUGGAAUGCAGCUGAGACGUUAUCUACGUUGCGGUUUGGUACACGUACAAAGCAAGUGAAAAACAAGGCCAUUGUCAAUACAGAACUUUCCGUUGAUGAGUUAAAGCGGAGGCUUUAUUUGGCGGAAGAGGCUCUCGCUAGGUGCAGGUGUGGAGCUACGCAGACACCUAUAAAGUCAGUUGCAGAAUCAACCAUUCUACCCUUAGUUCCCCCUCCGAUUCCGGCUCCGACAGAAGUAGUGGCAGCAGAAACACCCACUACUGCUGUUCCUGAAGUUCCAGCGAAACAGUAUUCCCCGUCAGACACUUCUCAGUCUCGUGCAUCAACUCCAACGAGCUUUGUUGAAAAACCUCCGAUCGUUCUUCCUACAACUACAACGCCAGAACCCAUUGAACAAGAAAAUGUGCCUUCUUUUCAAUCGCUUUACGAGGAUGCACAAACUCAACUACGCCGACGAGAUGGCUUAUUGAAAUCCACGCAGCGACGGCUGUGUGGGCUGAUGACAUCUCUCAGUGCUGCUCAUCAACGCUACGCUUCACUUGUUCGGCCGCCUUCCGAAAUGUCUGUGGAUGCGGAAACGUCUCGGGCGGCGUUCCUUGAGAAAUUAGGAGUUUUGCAAGACUCACUGGCGGCCCUGGUGGAUGUCAAUGUUCAGACAAACCUCCGCAGACGAAGUUUGACAAACGAACAACUACAAUUGACCUGCUCAUUCGUGCACGUCCUUGACCGCAUCCUUCCUACUUUGUCUUCCUGUUCCAACUUCAACUCCUCUUACUUCUCUUACAUGUUUUGCUGA